AUGAAACUUUACAUGUGUGUAGUUGAGAUCAUAACGAAGGCCGAGUUUGAAGAUGGCUGUGGUCUGAGUGAAAAAGUACCAGUAUUUACUGAUGAAGGGAACACAGCACAUGCAGUUCCAACUCUGAGGCCCAGCGUGUUCUCAACUACAGAGAGGGAUGAGACGAUAAAAAUAGGACUACCUGAGUCAUCGGUCUCUCUCUCAGACAACACCCUGUAUGUUUCCCACAUCCUUUAUGCAACUAUUCCUGCUCUGCUGCUGCUGCUGUUUGCAGCUGCUGGGUUCUUUUGCUACAGACAGCAUGCUAAGAGGAGGAAGACAGAAACCGAAAGCUACCCCAGUAGAUCAAAACCAUGGAUGCCAACAACAGCUUCACCUUAUGCCAUACAAGGACCUUACGCCUUCAGUGACGUUACCAAACUGCCUCACACUGCUCUGGACAGCAGGAUACUGGCAGACAUCAUGACAAAGUACUCCUGUGCUCCCUCCCAGGGCUCCCAGUGUGACGAUUAUGAGAACGUGUCAUGCGCGGACAGGGAGAGCGGCUUUGUGACCAACGACAUCUAUGAGACCUGCAGAGCUCAGAGCCGGCAGGCUGGGUGGGUGGAAAAUGAGAUCUAUGGAUAACACUGUUGAUGCCUGUCUGGUCUCUGUGAGUGUCCAGCAACCUCAUACCAGCUUUCCAAUUUGACCCAAUUAGACAGAGGAACACAAUGUUCUCCAUCCCUUUCUUUCUCGCACACUCUACUGGUUACCUGUGUGGUGCAGGAUUACUAAACAGGUGUCGGCCUGGACCCAUGUUCCAAUAACCUUUCUCCUGUGUGUGUAUCUCCAGCAUCCUCAGCAUCCAGCAUCUAGAUACAUGCUUAAAGCAGGGUUUGCCAGAGUUUUGUCAACUGAGUCCACAUUUAGGCAUGAACGUCCCAGAACCCCACCAACAGUAUUGAUAGAAACUGAUAGGUUUUUAUUGAUACCAGUGUCAUUUUUGAUUCUGCUUAUCGAACUUCUUUAUCAGUUCCCGUAUGGAUUCCUGAUCAAUUUCCCCUGUGGAAAUAACAUUAGCAUUAAUGCAACUGUUUUAUUAUCUGAGUCUGAACACAGUGUAGAAACAAGAAAAAAAGACAUGCAUGUGACUUAAGUGUGCAAACGCUCCAUGGUUUAACUGUUCUCUUAGUCAAAGAAAAACGUGCUAAGUCUGUCUGUGCGGAGCUAAUGUUAUUAUAGCAUAGGAUUUUUACCAUUGUGCUGCUUAGUUGGGAAGCAGUGACACUCGUUUUACUCGUUUUAUUUUACAGACAUUACAAGAGCAGCGCUGUUGUAAUC